GAGUGCCCGGUCUGCUUUGACUAUGUCCUGCCCCCCAUUCUGCAGUGCCAAGCCGGGCACCUGGUGUGUAACCAAUGCCGCCAGAAGUUGAGCUGCUGCCCAACGUGCAGGGGCGCCCUAACGCCCAGCAUCAGGAACCUGGCUAUGGAGAAGGUGGCCUCAGCCUACUUGCUUCCCUGCAAAUAUGCUACUACGGGCUGUUCCCUGACUCUCCACCAUACAGAGAAACCAGAGCAUGAAGACAUCUGUGAAUACCGUCCCUAUUCCUGCCCCUGUCCUGGUGCCUCCUGCAAGUGGCAGGGAUCCCUGGAAGCCGUGAUGUCCCAUCUCAUGCAUGCCCACAAGAGUAUCACCACCCUUCAGGGAGAGGACAUAGUCUUUUUAGCUACAGACAUUAACCUGCCAGGGGCUGUAGACUGGGUGAUGAUGCAGUCCUGUUUUGGUCACCACUUCAUGCUGGUACUUGAGAAGCAAGAGAAGUAUGAAGGUCACCAACAGUUUUUCGCCAUUGUCCUCCUCAUUGGCACCCGCAAGCAAGCUGAGAACUUUGCCUACAGACUGGAGUUGAAUGGAAACCGGCGGAGACUGACCUGGGAAGCCACACCCCGGUCCAUUCACGAUGGUGUGGCUUCAGCUAUCAUGAACAGUGACUGUCUUGUUUUUGACACAGCCAUAGCACAUCUCUUUGCGGAUAAUGGGAACCUUGGAAUCAAUGUAACAAUUUCUACAUGCUGUCAGUGAGAUUCCAGGAGUCUUUCAUAAACCUGGGAAGUUAUUUGGGCAUAACGCUCUAUGUUUAAUAAAGUUGUUUUUUAAUAGA